CUUCACUCACAAAGAUCUUUCCUUCGUUCCAAAAAAUCUCCUCCAGCCUUUCGUUCUCAUUCAGCCUUGUGACUGAUACCAAUAUCAAUCGUUAACACAAUCAACAUGCAAUACUUGACCGUCGCCACUCUUCUCCUCGCCACGGCUUCCGCCUCGGUGCUCCAGCCCAGACAAUGGAAUGACUGGAAGGGCAAGGAGACAGUGACCGUGUACGUCACUCAGGAAAAGCCCGUUCCUCAGAUCGAGUACAAGACCGAGUAUAAGACCGACUACAAGACGGUCACCGCCACCACCACCGAAUACAAGGAGAAGGUCGUGCCCACCACCAUUUACAAGACUGAGUACAAGACUGCUACCGUCACCGACUACAAGGAGAAGAUUGUCCCAACCACAGUGACUGAUUACAAGACAUCAUAUAUCACUGCCGCUCCUCAGAAGGAGUAUAUCACCGUCUAUGUGACCAAGGAGGGUGGCAAGACUUGGGGCGAUUGGCAUUAAACCACUCGUUGUCAAUGGAAUGAAGGAAGGCGAGAAAGGCUCUGGAGGAGAAUGGAACCAAGUCUCGGGCUCUUGAUUUGGCCACCACUACUACCACCGUCAUCAUCACGACUACAACCCUCACCGCCAGCAAUCAACGUACGACACAACAAGGACCGCGGCAUUCCAUCUAUUAUCUCAUUAUCAUUAAAACCAAAAAUCAGCAUCAUUCGGGUCGGAGUCCAAAAUCAAC